AAGAAGAAAAAUAAUAAGGUUAUCAAGUCAUGGGACCAUAUCGUCUCUAUAGCUUACAUUCGACCUUUUUCGUGGACUACACGAUCUGUCUCUCUCUGUCAAAAAAAACUUUCAAUCUUUUCUCUCCUUUUAAUUAAAGGAUUUAACCUUUACUCUUUUCUUCUUCCCUCACUGUCGAUCGAUCUUCUCUUUCAGCUGAAUAUAUACUAAAAAUGGAAGAUCAUCCUUCUCAGUACGGUAUACCAGAGCUCCGGCAGCUCAUGAAAGGUGGAGGGAGGACGACAUCACCGUCGACUUCUUCUCAUUUCCCCUCUGAUUUCUUUGGCUUCAACCUCACUGCGCCGCCGCAGCAACACCGUGUACAGCAGUUCACUACUGAUCAUCAGGAGAUGGGUUUCUUGCCACAUGGCAUACAUGGAUUGGGUGGGAGUUCUUCGACGACCGCUGGAAACAACAGUAACUUAAACGCGAGUACUUGUGGGGGAGGAGUUGGGUUUGGUGGGUUUCUCGACGGUGGAGGUUUCAGCGGCGGAGAUGGCGGAGCAACGGGGAGAUGGCCGAGACAAGAAACCCUAACUCUGCUGGAGAUUAGAUCUCGUCUUGAUCAUAAGUUCAAAGAAGCUAAUCAAAAGGGACCUCUCUGGGAUGAAGUUUCUAGGAUUAUGUCUGAGGAACAUGGAUACCAAAGGAGUGGGAAGAAAUGCAGAGAGAAGUUUGAGAAUCUUUACAAAUACUAUAAAAAGACUAAAGAAGGCAAAGCCGGAAGACAAGACGGUAAACACUACAGAUUUUUCCGGCAGCUAGAGGCGCUCUACGGAGAUUCCAACAACUUGGUUUCUAUUCCCAACCAUAAUACACAGUUCAUGAGCAAUGCUCUUCAUGGUUUCCACUCUCAAAACGUUACUACAACAACGCCUAACAUUCAUAGCGUUGAUGGUCUUCAUGGUUUUCAUCAUCAGCAAAGCCUAAGUCUCUCUAACAACUACAACUCCUCAGAGAUGGAGCUGAUGACUUCGUCUUCUGAAGGGAAUGAUUCUAGUAGUAGAAGGAAGAAGAGGAGUAGUUGGAAAGCUAAGAUCAAGGAGUUCAUUGAUGUGAGCAUGAAAAGGUUGAUAGAGAGGCAAGAUGCUUGGCUUGAGAAGUUGACAAAGGUUAUCGAAGACAAAGAGGAACAAAGGAUGAUGAAAGAAGAGGAAUGGAGAAAGAGGGAAGCUGCAAGGGUUGAUAAAGAGCAUUUUUUUUGGGCAAAGGAGAGGGAAAGGAUGGAAGCCAGGGAUGUAGCUGUGAUUGAGGCAUUGCAGUAUUUGACCGGAAAGCAGUUGAUAAAGCCAUUAUGCUCGUCCCCAGAAGAAAGAAAUAAUGAGAAUGGAAGCGAUCAAACAAUGACUACUAAUAAUGUUUCUGUUAAAGGAAGUGGUAGAUGCUGGGAUGAGCAAGAGAUCAUAAAGCUUCGGGAGAUAAGAAGUAGCAUGGACUCAGCGUUUCAAGAGGUAUUGGAGGGAUCCUCGGAUGAGUUUCUAUGGGAGGAAGUCGCUGCGAAGUUGACUCAAUUAGGGUUUGAUCAGAGAAGCGCCUUGAUAUGCAAGGAAAAGUGGGAACAGAUAAGCAAUGGAAAGAUGAAUGAAAAGAAGCAAAUCAACAAGAAAAGGAAGGAGAAUUCGUCAAGCUGCGGCGUGUACUAUCCAAGAACCGAAGAAAAUCAGAUCUACAACAAUCAAGAAAGUGGAUAUAAUGAUAAUGAUCAGCAUCAUCAGAAGAUGAAUAUUGAACAAGGCAAUAAUAUUGGUUCUUCAACUUCAAACGCAAACGCUAGGAAUCCAAGCGGCACAAUGGAAGCUAGUACAAACUGCUUCCCGUUCUUCAUGGGAGAUGGAGAUCAGAACUUGUGGGAGAGUUAUGGUUUGAGGCUAAGUAAAGGAGAGAAUCAGUGACUAUAAUUUCUCCCAACGAAGCAGCAGCAGCAGCAGAAGGAGGUGAUCAUGAGGUUAACUAAUUCUUUUGAGUUAGCUAUAUAUAUGAGAUAAACCUUGACUUAACUAUUAUAUGUCACAUGAUUCUUAGAGUGAUGUUGGGGCUUACCGAAUGUUAUCAGCAUAUAUAAGAUGAAACUCAAAUUAAAGUAGGCUUUAACCAAUGAUUAUUAUGUUUUCAUGUAUUUAUGUUGUAAGACAUUUUUAUAUCAAACUUUUUUCCUAGUGUUUAA